AUGAUCUCGCAGGAGGAGCCACAGCAGCAGCAGCCCCAGGCAUCGACCCCACCGCAACCACCACCGCCGCCGCCACCGCCACCGUACCCGCUUGGUGUGGCCCUUCCGCCGGAAUACACUCCACCACCCGAUAGCCAACAGACGCGUACGUCAUCACCGCCACAAGAACAGCCUUGUGACACCGACGACAUGUACGAUGACCAUAUCAGCUUUCUUCGCACCGUCAAGGCGUUUCGGUCGUACCGAAAGCAGGCAUUAGCCGCACGUGACACACGGCUACAGAACUUCUUGAAAUUCCAUCAGCAACACAAACAGUCUCUUUGUAUCGAUCUGGACUCCAUGUUUUCUACCUACCUGGAUUGUAUAGAGACGAACAGCCGUUUUUUUGAAUCCGUCUGCAACGCUUCGACGGAACUGUUCGACACUUACUGGCCGAUGGGUACCACCGUGCAGAUGGAAGACGUUCCUCCGCCUACUGCCCUAGACCUCGACAAGGUCUUUUCCACCCUGCGGCAAUUUGUGCGUGACUGGUCGGCAGAAGGGGCGCCGGAACGCGACUCGGUGUACCUGCCUAUUCUCUCCACGCUGGAGGAGUGUUUCCCCAACCUGGAGGGGCGUGCGUAUGCGAGGAUUCUCGUUCCCGGUGCUGGGCUGUGCCGCCUUACGGUUGAGCUCGCGUUGCGGGGCUUCGCUGCACAGGCGAAUGAGUUCAGCUACCACAUGCUCAUUGCGGGACACUACAUUCAAAAUCACGUCGUCUCCUCGUGUCAACACAAGAUACACCCGUACGUUGACAACACCAGCAAUAUGGUGAACCGUGAGGACCAGUUUGCGGAGGUGCUUAUCCCUGACCUCUGCGCCGCUGAGGCUAUUGACCAGCUGCGUGAGGGCCAGCACGUAUCCUUCGGUGAACUCUCCAUGGUUGCGGGUGACUUCACGGAGGUGUACGCAAAGGAGCACCAGCGAAAGAGCUGGAGUGCCGUGGCAACGUGCUUCUUCAUUGACACUGCUCACAACAUUGUGGAAUACAUGGAGAUUAUUUACAAUCUGCUCACACCCGGAGGGUACUGGGUGAAUGUUGGACCGCUGCUGUACCACUUUGCGGACUCGUCCGAUGACGUGUCGAUUGAACUGUCACUCGGGGAGGUACUCACAGUGGCGCAGCGCAUCGGUUUUGUUCUUAUCCGCCCGCCGACAUUCAUUGACACAACCUACACAAAUAAUCAUCGAAGCAUGAAGCAGCUGGUGUAUCGCUGCGCCUUUUUCUUACUACAACGGCCGCUGACGGAAGCAAAGGAGCGGGAGCAGCAGCAUGGAAAGCUGACGGUGGACAAGAUAUAA